AGAUAUAGGUUAAACAAGACUGUAAGCCGUGAUCAGCGGUAAAGAACAAAGGCCACCAAAGCAAGUAAAUCUAUAUUAAACGAGACUAUGGAUGAAAGAGAAGUGCGGACUUCGAGGCAACGGUUGUGCUUCAAACUUUCCACUCAUUCAUCGAUCACGUUUAGUUUUGUUUAAUGCAAGACUACAUGGUUUCAACCUUAAUUUAACCAUUUUGUUAUUUAUAUACUGUUACAUUGGUUGGCUUUUAGGAUAACUUCAAAUGCGUAUGAAAAUGGGAUGUAUAUAUUAUUGAAUUUUAUAUCUAGAAGACGGUAAGUUAGCAAGGAUUUUUUAUUUGCUACGAGUCCUUUUGUUUGGAUUUAAGAUUAUUCAUUUUUUACUUUAACGUGUAUAAUUUGGAUUUUUAAAAAUAAAACAUAUUGUUGUUAAAUAUAAAAAAAAAAAACAGUUUUAAUUUGAAACAAUACAGGCUUACCUUACAGCUGUAUUCGUCUGGAUCAUACUCUCAAAUAUAAAUCGAUUUCAAAAAUAUACAGGUUUUGCGAGUUUUGGCUGGGAGGAUCCAUAAUAUCUCUAAUCUCUUAGAAAUAUAUAUAUGUUAUUAGCAUAUUGUUGGAAUGAUCGUGUCAUGCCGAUGUUGUGAAAAUAAUAAUUUUAAUUUGCGUCCACGACUCUAUUAUUACAUUCUCUACUUCAUAAUCGACCUACCAACGUGCGUGGCACGAGUUCUAAACUCAAAACCUCUCGACGUGCAUCCUAGUAUCCUACAACGUUUUACCACAACCUCCUAUGAUUAUUGACUCGCGUUACACUAUUUGUUUCAAAUAAACAAAACAUAACAAAAACCAUUUGGUUCUUGUUUAGUUUUCUUUCUCCAAGUAAACCUAACUUUCUUUGGAGAACGACACAAUGGGCUUUCUCCUUCCGAUUUUAUUCGGAGUGUUACUCUUAUUAACCGUUACUCCACCGUCUAUGUCUCAGCUUCCUCCAACAAUAAUGGCUCCGGCACCGGCCCCGACUUCGCCAUCAGAUCUUUGCAAUGGAAUAUUUCUCUCUUAUGAAUUCAUACUCGGUCGCAAGAUCCCUCCAAACGACACAACCGAUCAGCCUUAUCGGUUUGAGUCUGUCCUUACGGUUCUAAACAAUGGCCGGGAAGAGCUAAAAGAAUGGAGAGUUUUUGUUGGAUUCCAACACAACGAAAUCCUUAUUUCCGCCACCGAUGCAUUAAUAGUCAACGGGACGGAGCUUCCUGCUUUGGUAGGAAAUGGUACCAUCCUCGGUGGCUAUCCGGUCUCCGACCUCAAAACGGCUAUUCAAACGGCCGGAGACUUGAAGCAAAUGACGGCUGAGAUCGAACUUGUCGGGACUCAGUUCAUGGUGGCCCCUCCGGCGAUUCCUUUGCCGUCCAACAUAUCGCUUGUUAACGAUGGUUGGCUCUGUCCUGAGCCUACUCUUCAAAGCAAAAGAGAGCUAACGACCUGCUGCAUGAGAGACACAAACAUUACAGUCAACACAACAAUCACCACCAAAUUCCUCCCACGACAACCCGGAGACUUGACCAUAAUGUACGACGUGAUCCGAGCCUACGACCAGAACUACCUAACCGAAGUAACCAUGGAAAACCACAAUCCACUAGGCCGACUCGACCAUUGGGAGCUUAGUUUCGACUGGAUGCGAGACGAGUUCAUACAGAAGAUGCAAGGCGCAUAUCCAACGGUCGUGGACGCCACGAAAUGCAUCUUUGGUCCUCAGUCUCUAAUCUACACUGGUCUAGAUUUCGCUGACGUUCUCACAUGUGAGAGACGACCAAUCAUCAUAGACUUGCCUCCGACCAAAAAAGAUGACACUACUUUAGGCAAUAUUCCUUCUUGCUGCAGAAAUGGUACAAUCUUACCACGUAUCAUGGACCCUUCCAAAUCAGUCUCCGUCUUCACGAUGCAAGUUGCCAAAAUGCCUCCUGAUUUCAACCGAUCCGCGCUUUUCCCACCGCAGAACUGGAGGAUUAAAGGGACGUUAAACCCGGAUUACUCGUGCGGGCCACCCGUUCGGGUAAGCCCGACUUUUUAUCCGGAUCCGAGCGGUAUGCCUACUAACAAAUCAUCUUUCGCCAGCUGGCAGAUUGUAUGCAACAUCACGCAAGCCAAAACCGAGAUACCAAAAUGUUGCGUCUCCUUCUCUGCUUUCUUCAACGACUCUAUCAUCCCUUGUAACACUUGCGCUUGCGGUUGCGUGUCGGAAACGCGACGCACCUGCAGCGCGGAGUCUCCGUCUCUUCUCAUCCCUCCAGACGCUCUUCUCUUACCUUUCGAAAACAGAACCGCUCUAACGCUUGCUUGGAACGCACUCAAACACAAAACCCUACCUAACCCGAUGCCGUGUGGCGACAAUUGCGGUGUAUCAAUUAACUGGCACAUGGCGUCGGAUUAUAGAGGUGGUUGGACCGUGAGGAUCACGAUUUUCAACUGGGGAGAAAUCGAUUUCCCCAACUGGUUCCUCGCGGUUCAGAUGAAAAAACCGGCGCUUCUAGGGUUCGAAAAAGCCUACUCAUUCAACGCAAGUCUCCUAAGCGUGGACGGAGGUGUCAACAACACGAUUUUUAUGGAAGGUCUUCCUGGUCUGGAUUAUCUUGUGGCGGAGGCUGAUGAAAAAGAUCCAAAGAAGAAGAAUAUUAGGAUUCCGGGUAAACAACAAUCGGUGAUACAGUUCAGCAAGAAACUUACGCCGGGGAUUAAUGUUGCGGAACGCGACGGGUUUCCGGCGAAAGUGAUAUUUAACGGCGAGGAAUGUUUGCUUCCUGAUCUGCUUCCGAUGGCUAGUGGUGGCAGACGAAAUGGGGCUAUCACGGUUUUGUCCUUUAUAACGUUUUAUGUUGCGGCCUUUAUAAUUCGGUUAUAAGUUUUUUUCUAGGGUUUAUUAUACUCUGUUUUGUUGAUUGAUUAAUUUGUUUUGUAAAAUAAACCUGAUUUCUUUACUCUAUACGGCUGCAGUUGUUUGUAAAACCAUGCAAUAUUCUAGAUUGUUGUUUUGCCUUUUAACACCAAAAA